GUGGAGACCGUCUUUUCUUCUCCUUGCAAUCUACCUACUCGCUUUCUCUGACGAUCGGGAAUCUCGCCGGCGGCGAUCUAGACAAUCGGGAUCAUCGGAAGUUUUCUCGUUGAGAGAAGAUGAAGAUUUUUGUCAAAACUCUCAAGGGAACUCACUUCGAGAUCGAAGUGAAACCUGAGGAUACGGUUGCUGACGUGAAGAAGAAUAUAGAGACGGUGCAGGGCGCUGAUGUAUAUCCCUCUGCGCAACAGAUGCUUAUUCACCAAGGGAAAGUGCUAAGAGAUGAAACCACUAUGGAGGAGAACAAAGUUGCUGAGAAGAGUUUUAUUGUCAUUAUGCUGUCCAAGAGUAGUAAACCUGCGUCAUCGAGUGGGGCCUCUACUGCAUCUGCUGCUCCUACAACUCAGGCUCCUCCUGCACCUCUCGCAUCAACACAGCCUUCUACCUCCCCUCAGACUCCGGCGCCAGUAGCAAUGCCACAAGCUGCACCUGAAACAGCACCUGCACCUGCACCUGCUGUAACUCAGACCGAUAUUUACGGACAAGCAGCAUCAAACCUGGUAGCUGGAAGUAACUUGGAGGCUACCAUUCAGCAGAUUCUUGAUAUGGGUGGAGGAAGCUGGGAUCGUGAUACUGUUGUCCGUGCACUCCGUGCUGCAUAUAACAACCCUGAAAGAGCUGUGGAAUAUCUCUACUCUGGGAUACCUGAGCAAGCAGAAGUUCCACCAGUGGCUCAAGCCCCGGCUAGUGGUGGUCAGCCAACAAAUCCUCCGGCACAGGCUGGGCAACAACCUGCAGCAGCACCCACAAGUGGCCCUAAUGCAAAUCCGUUAGAUCUCUUCCCGCAGGGUCUGCCUAAUGUUGGAUCAAAUACAGGCGCUGGGACACUUGAUUUCCUGCGCAACAGCCAACAGUUCCAAGCUCUCCGUGCGAUGGUGCAAGCAAACCCUCAAAUCCUACAGCCUAUGCUACAGGAGCUGGGGAAGCAAAAUCCACAGUUGAUGCGGCUCAUUCAAGAGCAUCAAGCCGACUUCUUACGCCUAAUAAACGAACCCGUUGAAGGGGGAGAAGGGGGAAACAUAAGCAGCCAGUUGGGGGGAGCAAUGCCGCAGGCCAUCCAAGUGACCCCUGAGGAACGUGAAGCGAUCGAACGGCUGGAGGCGAUGGGGUUUGAGAGAGGGCUGGUGCUGGAGGUGUUCUUCGCAUGCAACAAGAACGAGGAGCUGGCUGCCAACUAUCUUCUCGAUCACAUGCAUGAGUUCGAUGAAUAGCCAAC